AUGGGCAUCAAAGGGAUUUAUGGAGAGAUUGGAGCCGGAGAGAGAAUUGCUCUUUCCAAGUUGGCCAUUGAGAAGUUUGAGCAGGCAGGGCGGCCAUUGCGAAUAGCUAUUGAUAUCUCAAUUUGGCAGUUCCAGAUCCAAGCUGGAAAGGGUGGUUCCAAUCCUGCAAUCCGGACUCUGUACUACAGGCUCCUCCGUCUCCUUUCUAUCUCGGUGCAGCCAUUAUUCGUCUUCGAUGGACCUCACAAGCCACCUUUCAAGCGGAACAAGAAGACGGGCCAACAUGGAGCAAUGCUCCCAAAUUUACUUACUAAACAGCUUUUGAAAUUAUUUGGAUUCCCAUUUCACGUUGCACCUGGAGAAGCCGAAGCGGAGUGUGCCUUGUUACAGCAAGAAGGACUCGUGGAUGCGGUGCUUAGUGAGGAUGUCGAUACUCUGAUGUUCGGUUGUGGUUUAACCCUUCGAAAUUGGUCUUCUGAGGGGACUAGAGGGAACAAAUCACCUACCCAUGUCUCUGUUUACGAUGCAAUGAAAACGAAACACGGAAAAUCUGGAUUGGACCGUGCAGGAAUGGUCUUAAUAGCUCUCAUGAGUGGGGGCGACUAUAUUACCGAAGGAAUUCCUGGCAUUGGCAUCAAAGUUGCAUCUGAAGCUGCCAGAGCCGGCUUUGGAAAAUCACUGUGCUGUAUUUCGAGAUCAGAUGCUGCUGGACUGGAAGCUUGGAGAAAUAAUCUUGCCCACGAGGUUCAGUCGAAUGAGAGUAGGUUUUUCCGGUGUAAGCACAAAGCCCUCAAGAUUCCGGAAGAGUUUCCGAAUACAGAAGUGUUGUCGUAUUAUACACAUCCUGUGGUCUCUUCAGAAUCAAAGAUACAAAGUCUGAGGGCAGGGAUUGAAUGGGAUGGUGAGGUCGAUGUCCCAGGAUUGCGUCUCUAUGUUGCAGAAGCAUUCGAUUGGAGCGGCAAAAUUGGCGCUAUUAAAUUCAUUCGUGGACUUGCACCAGCUUUGUUGGUACAUAAAUUACGUAUACGUGGCAAUCGUCGAGAUUCUGGCUAUGGCGAUGUUAUACUGACUGCUAUGAAUGAGAUGCAACUGGUACGAGCCAUCUGCGGGAAACGUACUCAUAUCAGCUCCGACGGCAUUCGCGAGAUGAGAGUUAUUUACCACCCCAUGGAUAUUGUUGAUAUAAAUUUGGACGAUGAGCCAGAUGAUAGUGGGGAUUAUGGGCGAAAUGGCCUGGCUCCAGUCGAUGAGGAUGAUCAAAUCGAAGCAUAUCAAUCCGAUGAACGAACGGCAAGAGCUAGAUCGAGCAGCCCUCAGAAACGAGGCCCAUCUACCUAUGAUCCUACUCAACCGGACAAAGCAUGGCUACCAGAAACAAUUGCUAAAGUAGGUAUACCGUUAAAGGUGGAGGAUUAUGAAGAAUCUCUAAGGAACCCAAGGAAAUUGAUCAAGCAAAAGGCAGCGGUAAAGAGAGCUGAGAAGAAAGGCGGCAUGCCCAAAGGAGCAAUGGACAAGUUUGUCUCGGUAUCAAAACCUAGGAAGGAAGCACCACCGUCUGCGCCCAGCAAAUCUGCACCGACUUCCAGUCAGGCCUUACCUCCUGUCUACUUGGCGCCUACUUUGGAGAAAAUGACAAGUUCUGCACCUGCUCCAAGCAAGCAACCCGUACGUGAAAGCAAAUCGGUUGCAACGAGAAAAUCGCAACCCUCGGUCUCAAGAUCAAGGGCCAAAGGAGCUCUGAAAGAGAAGCCAACCCCAAACGCAAACCCUUGGACAUUAUCCCAAGGUGAUCACUCGUCCACCUCUGUAAUCACCAAGCCUACCUCUCACCCUUCCACAAAACAAACACAGAUUUUCGAUCUCUCCUCAAGUUCACUACCCUCCUCACCACUCGCGCCAAAUUUUACACCCCAAAAACAUCAGCAUUCUCCCUCCCCAUCCCCGGAACGCUUUCCCCGCACUCCCUCGUCUCGAUCAAGAGACUCAAGUAAACCUUUGCUUCGCAAAAAUCUUUCUCCAGAACCCACAACGCCAUUGUCGCCAGAGCUGCCACCUCUAAACAGACGCCUAAACUUUACUCCUGUAGCCCAACCACGAGAAGCUGAUUCUUCGUCUCCCGGCAAUGAAUUCCCCUCGGUGGCCGAAAUGUUAUCACCCGCUCCCAAGGCUUCCAGAUCAGUCCAGUCAACACAAAUAAUAACCAUCGACUCUUCGCCCCCAGUCAUGUGCUCUAUGGCCCCUCCUCCAAGCCAGCAGAAGCAGAGUACGCUUGAUAUGCUGCCUCGAGAUAAAGUGACCGGGAAAGCGAAGGAAGGAAAGAAAUAUAUUAUGUUAAGAGAUAGUCUGCCGGGUGGAUGGCAAGUUUUCGAUGAAGAGGAAGAGGCCGAGAGGAGCAAGAUAAGGAAGGGAGGGAAGAAGUGGAGGAUGAGUGAGGUUGGCGUUUUGGAUUUAAGUCAGGAUUGA